AUGGGCAACAUCUUCAGCAUGGCCGCACCCCCUCUCGACACGGAUUCGAAUGCCGCUUUGAAUAUCGCCAUGUACAUAAUCUGCUACCUGCUCAUCAUCGGCGUCGUCCUCGGUAUCGGCAUCUGCAUCUGCAUAUACAUCGACCACCGCCAACUUACAAGACUCUCUGCGGCAGUCUUGGACGAGGAACGAAAUCUAAACGCGAGGGAAAAAGAGCGCGAGGAGAAGGUCGAGGAAGUACCUCCGCUCCCACCUCGAUCACACCAAAACCAAACGGCUCAAUCCAUCUCGGACCUACAAUACUGCACCCACAUAAACGAGAGACUACCCCUCCUCAAGACUGAACACGGAGCCACCGCCCCUCUUCGUGUCCUCGACGAAAGAUCUACACUGGAACACACCAACAAGCCAGCCGUCUUCCCGCGACGUUCGACGACAAAUGCGAAAGCGCACGUUUCCAAGUACUUUACCAAAUACGGAAUGACUGAGGCGGUGUGA